AGCCACAGCUCUACGCGCAUCGAUCAGUUAUUCGACGACGCGUUUCCAUCCGCGUUUAAAGCAAUCAGUAAUGUAAAUUCACGCGGGCCGAUAUUCCCGUGGCGGAACGAGCGACACACGCAAGAAGCUUUCCUCGGCGAUGCCCGGGAAACGCGGGUUCGAAAUUCUCGAGUGCGCGAGCGAGUAGCCCGACCGUGUAGAGAGAGGUGGCCGUCGUUAGGUUAGAACGAGGGGGAGCUUGGAGUUAGCUCGAAGGGACUGUACAUACGUUGAAUCGUCAGACGAGAAAGACGGGGUGAUGAGGAAAGGGGAUGAGGGAUGACCAGUCGGAGCAGUUGCGAUGCGGAGGUUUGAUUCCCCGCGUGAACCGUCCCGCGCGUCGUGAAUGGACCGCGCGAGGGUCCGUUCGACUUCGGCGCGCCGUGGGGUUUCGGCUCUCGGCUGGGCGAUAUGUUGUGUGAGCGUUUGAAAUCUCGCCGCAGCCGCAGCAGCAACAGCAGUAGCCGUCGCCGCCGCAUGAACGGCUGCGGUCUUCGAGAUUAGAGAUACGAAAGAGGGGGAGGUGAUAGCAGACAGACAAAGAGAAAGAGGGACGAACGGACGGACGGGAAGCGAGAGAGACAGAGAGAAAGAGAGACAGAGAAACUCCGUCCGUGAGCCGCUUCACACACCGCGCUCCGCUCGUUUGCUCAGAGGACUCGUGACGGACGUCGUGGAGUGCCGUGUCGUGUCGUGUGUCGUGUCGUGGCCUGCCGAUUUGGACAGGGGGAGGGGAGAAGGAGACCGCGCGCUACGGACGGCGUGAAGCGUCCCGUUCCGUCGCAGACCGCGGAUCCGUGACGUCACGCGGCCGUGCGCGCGAUCGGAUCAAGGCCGCGCGCGCGACUCGACUCCCCCGGACUCUUCCCACCGGGAAGCGCUGCGUUCCCUCGAGCGAAACGACGACGACGACGUGUCCUCGUCAUGUGGGAGGAUCUCUGCCGUGAGGGAGAGAAACAGAGGCACGACGAAGUUCGACGAGUAUACGUGAAAGACAACCGUUCGCGGUGAGGGGGUGGGAGACGUAGCUCACCCUGCUCACCCCCUGCUUCGUUUUCCGGACGAUCUCUCGCCAAGACUUGCCAAGAGACCCAAUGACGUUACCCGAUCUAGCGCUGUAACGCGAGAGGAUAGCGUUACGUCAUGUGACUCGAGGAUAACGAGAAAGUUACCUUUAACAGAUCAAGGGGAUGCUACGGAAGGACGCGCUAGCUUGAGCACAGCCUUACACUGCCAUAACAAAGUUCAAAAUCGACGAUUGUCAGAGCGAAAAAAAAAAGAGAGAGAGAUUGAUUAUGUCACGUUCUCGCAAGCGUAACUCGCAAACGAGGAAGCGUGGAGUGACAACAGUGUGACUUAUCGUAUCUCACGAUUGAAUAAUAUUUCUUACUUAAAACUUCGUCCGAGCGGAGUGUACAUAUGAGGAUCGUAGGAAUAAUAUUCGCAAAAGUAACAGUAAAUAGACGUAGAAGCCGAUGAUUUUACGAGAUCAAGGCGUUACAAAUCGUUAAUCAAAGUUUUGUAUAUUAACAGGUAUUUUAAUCAUUCUAAUUGAUUGUAAUAGUAGACAUGUGGUACGGGUGCACAGCGGACAGACACGCGGCUUUGUUGUAACAACUUUGUUUGUAAUGCAGAUGUAACGUCGAUAAAUCAAACAACAAUAAUCGCGAUAACACAGCAUGAUUGAAGAAACGGCUAUUCAUAAAAUAAUUAGUAUAAAACAUAGUGGAACGCGAUAUGUGCAUUUUAAUCAUGCUGCGGCGAUAUCUUAUCUAUUUUGGAUGUCACAUUUAAAAAAGGUUGUAAAAUAUGGGCUUGACGAACAAGCAAACAAUAUCGAAAGACAAACUAGAAUCUAAUUCAGAAUUGUGGAGGCAACGCGCUGAUAUGACAUUAAGAGAAGAUUAUCUGUCUCCUCAUCGCAUACGUUCUGUGUGCGGAAUGACGACAAAAGUAUUAUUGAUUAACACGUGAGACUAUGAGAGGAAGAAACGUACAUAGCGACACUCUUUAGGGGUCAUGCCCCCUGGGGCAAACGGCGGAACAGAGGGCCUGGGCCCGACCUGUUCUGAAAUACAUAACAAUCAGGAUCACGCGAUAGCCAAACUCACGCCACCCCCUACAUUUGUUCAACAAUGCUACAGACACCUCAAGAGUUCUGGCGUCGGCGAGGCGAGCGUGUAUCAUGCAUUGGUUGUAAUAUUUCUGGAAUUCUUUGCAUGGGGAUUGUUAACCAUGCCUAUUAUUAGGGUACUGAACGAAACAUUUCCGGAUCACACAUUUCUGAUGAAUGGAUUGAUAAUAGGAAUUAAAGGAAUUUUAUCUUUUCUCUCUGCGCCACUGAUCGGUGCUCUCUCCGACGUAUGGGGUCGAAAAUUUUUUUUACUCAUCACAGUGGCCUUCACAUGCGCACCAAUUCCUUUGAUGAGCAUCAAUACAUGGUGGUUCUUUGCCAUGAUUUCUAUCAGUGGCGUAUUUGCUUGCACAUUUUCAGUGGUAUUUGCAUACGUUGCGGACGUGACGGAAGAAAAUCAAAGAUCACUAGCAUACGGCUUGGUGUCGGCAACUUUUGCCGCAAGUAUGGUGAUAAGUCCAGCUUUGGGUGCUUACAUCAUGAACACUUAUGGAGAAAAUCUUGCCGUAGCGUUAGCGACAGCUAUCGCAGUUUUGGACGUGUUUUUCAUAUUAGUGGCUGUACCUGAAAGUUUGCCUGAAAAAACACGUCCACCAGCACCUAUAUCAUGGGAACAAGCUGAUCCGUUUGCUGCCCUUGGAAAGGUUGGAAAAGACCAUACUAUUUUAAUGCUAUGUGUUACUGUGUUCCUGAGCUACCUUCCUGAAGCAGGACAGUAUAGUUGUAUAUUUGUUUACUUAAAACUGGCUAUGGGUUUCUCCAAUCUCAUGGUAGCGAUAUUUAUCGCUGUAGUGGGCAUCCUAAGUGUAGGAGCGCAGAUUGUGUUAGGGCCCUUAAUGAGGACACUCGGCGGCAAACAUACUAUAAUGCUUGGUCUGUUAUUUGAAAUGUUACAGCUCAUGUGGUACGGAUUUGGCUCGCAGACAUGGAUGAUGUGGGCUGCUGGAGUGCUUGCUUCUGUAUCAAGCAUCACAUAUCCCGCAAUUUCUGCAUUCGUGUCUAUGCAUUCUGAUGCUGAUAAACAAGGAUUGGUGCAGGGCAUGGUAACUGGGAUGCGUGGUCUCUGCAAUGGACUCGGACCUGCUAUGUUUGGCGUCAUAUUUUACCUUUUCCACGUCGAUCUUAAUGACGACACACCCAAUCUUCCCCUAAAACCGUUCGUGGACGAGAAUAAUAGAACAAGAACUAAUACACAUCUUGACAUAAUGCCUCAGCUUGUACCGGGGCCGCCGUUCGUGUUUGGUGCGUUACUUGUGAUCUGCGCGCUGUUAGUAGCCGCAUUUAUUCCCGAAUCAAAUACAAUGUCAACAGGAUCGUUGCAUCACCCAUCCACUUCCCGGAGGCCCUCCGGUAAAUACGCAUAUCAGAAAUGUUUGUCCUUGGACGUUCAAUACGAGGCAGACAGAGUGGGAAGUGGAAGAGGAAAAAUCGGUCCGCUCUCACCACUAGUCGACAAUUCCGCCGCGCUAUAAUGUCUAUUGAAAAACGUAAGACGAGCCAUAAUAUAGCACGACGAGAAUAUUUUAGCCAAGUGGUAAAACGGCUCUUCAUCUUCAAUCACAGAUGGAGAAGUCGUUAUUAUGAAGUGCACCUGACUUGAUUCAGGCGACUGUAAUAGAGUUGUCUAUAUUGUAUUAUAUUAUUUGUUUAAGGCAGUAACUAAGCUUGAUUUUAGGACUUAUCGAUGGAACUUAAUGUUUAGGUUGUGACAAAUUUGCACAAGCAGUGCUUGCGCGAUAAUACCAUGGGUUGAUCUCAGAGUCGAAUAUAAUCGUACGACAAGCGUGUUAUGUUGCGAAAAACGUAACAUUAAAUUAGAUCUUCCUUUUCGAGAUUCUUGCGCCGGUUAUUAAAAUCAGAUAUAACAAUUUUACGCCAAGUAUUUAUUAACUCUUUACGCAGUUCAACAGCAUAAAAUGAUCAUUGAAAACUAUAAAUCCGUAUUUUAUUAGAUUUAUAUCGUAAAUAUCGAUUCUUUACUUUGAUAUCGUAUCCUUUUCUCUUGUUUCUAAUUUAUGUUACCACUUUUUAUAUCAAGUACUAGUGUAAAUUGCGCAAUGUAUUUUUGCAUCUCCGUACAUUCAUAGCACUAGAAAUAGCUUUUACACAUUCCUUGUAAGCAUAAUUUUUGUAAACAUAUAGAAGCAGCAUUAAUUGACAAUUGAAAAGGAUGCAAAUUCUUUGAGUCGUUUUUCUUUUAUAUAGGUAUGAUAUAGCUAUUAUCAUUUCUCUUGUACAUCACAUCAUAUAUAAUUUAGCUAAUGUUUAUAGAUCGUGCGCCUUGUUUCUUUCUGCACAAACUAUUUAUUUUAAUAGAUAGGAACUAUGAAUAUAACGAGAAAGGCCUCAAUGCUAGGAGUUAUACAAAGUGAUAGUUUGUCAUUCAAAGACAAUGGUAGACGUUAACACUAUGAGUAAAAUGAAAUAUUAAUUAUUAAUUGAGAAUCAAUAGUUCUCUUAAAUUAUGUGUGUUAUAAUCGGAGUCACAUUGAUGUUAAAACGAAAAGAAACGUUUUAUAGUAGAAUAGAACCUUGUAUAUAUUUUGCUUUUAUUUUACAAAAUAUCAAAACUUAGAUAAAAAAUGUUUUAAUACAGUGUGGCAUUAAUUUAUACACAUAUAAAAUUUCGAUUUAUAUGUUUUAAUGAUGCGAUUUAAUUUGUGUUACUAUUAGUAUGCUUACGUUAAAGUAUGUCAAUAGUAUGUUCACACAAAAAAAUAGAACUACUUAAAAUUAACUUGUAGAAAACGUCAAGUAAUUUUAGUUACUGCGCUGAAUUAAUCUUAAAGUUAUUAUAUUCUUAAAUUUGACUAAUGCCUCGAUGAAAGCCAAAGAGUGAUUAAUGACAAAUGCAAAACAGAUGAAAAAUAAUACACAACGCGCCCUUAUCACAAAUUCUUAUUUCAUAAAUUUUAAUAUUUGCACAGAUUUGUGAAUAUGGAAAAUUUCAAAGUUACAUCAAUUAUUUGAUGGAUAUUUAUUAAAUAAUAUCGAAUCUUUUUAUAUAAAUAAAAGCGGUAAAUACGUAUCUUAUACAUAUUUGAUAUUACUCUUUUUUUUUUUAUAUAUACACAUCUCAGUUUGAAACAAAAUGAUUUUACUAGAUAUUGAAGGUCAGUCGAUAAAACUUAUAAAUCUUUGUCGAAUGUAUUAAAAUUACGUGCGUUUUCUAGAAUCUAGCUAUAUUACAAUAAAGUAUUACAGGAUGAAGUAGAAAAAUCGUGAGCAGGUGCAUAAACAGUGCAAUCACAAUUCUAUAGUUUCUGUUUGUAUUUCCUUAGAGUUACUUAUGAACUCGCUCUCGUACACUGAAGUAAAUAUACGCAAUUGUAUUAUAAAUAUACAAAGCAAACAGGAAGAUUAUAAUAUUAAGAAUAAAACAUAGAACAUAAGUCUUGACUCUAUCAUGAGUUAAGUAAUUGUAUAUGUAUAAUGUACGAUGAAUGCAUUAAUAAAAAGUGAUUAUUUUUAAGAUAAA